AUGUCAGUUAACAAACAAGCAAUACCGAGAGAGACGAUGGCUGCAAGUAAUUCUGAACGUUAAUUUCAUCUUCUUUUGAUAGGUUGCGUGUGUGUAUUCUGCCCGUUUGGCGUACGUUUUAUUUUGUACAAAAUUCAAAAUUUCUCCGCGUAACAAUUUAUUGACUUCCAAGUGGUUUGGUCCAUCUACACUACUUUUUUUUACCUUUGCGCGAUAUUUAUAUUUAGACGUAAGAAACUGAGAAUUUUUUACUCAUUGUUCAACGUUAAUCACUAUAUUCUCUACGUUUUGAAUUUCAAAACAAGUCCAUUGUUGUCAAGAAGCUCUUUAAAUCCCAUCGUUUGCGAAGAUCAAAUGCAGCUCUGGGAGCAAUGUAAUGUUUGGUACUUGAUGGUGUGAACUUGUUUGGAGAAACAACACAGAAAGGACAGUAGCAUUUUUAGUAGCCUUAAAAAUGUCUUGAUAAGUAUCUUUAUAUCAUUGUACAUGCAGUACUCUUUCAUCAUCACUGAUCCUACCAGUAUGUAGGACGUGUGUCACAUAUGAAACUAGUAAAUACCUCUGUAUAUUGGCCCUUACAGUUAUUGUCUCUGUAUCAUUAUACAGUACUCUGUCAUGCAUUGCUGAUCCAAGCAGUAUGUAGGACGUGUGUCACAUAUGAAACUAGUAAAUUGCUUAGUAGCCUUACCAUCAGUGUCUCUGUAUCAUUAUACAGUACUCUUUCAUCAUUGCUGAUCCUAGCAGUAUGUAGGACGUGUGUCACAUAUGAAACUAGUAAAUUGCUUAGUAGCCUUACCAUCAGUGCCUCUGUAUCAUUAUACAGUUCUCUUUCAUCAUUGCUGAUCCUAGCAGUAUGUAGGACGUGUGUCACAUAUGAAACUAGUAAAUUGCUUAGUAGCCUUACCAUCAGUGCCUCUGUAUCAUUAUACAGUUCUCUUUCAUCAUUGCUGAUCCUAGCAGUAUGUAGGACGUGUGUCACAUAUGAAACUAGUAAAUUGCUUAGUAGCCUUACCAUCAGUGCCUCUGUAUCAUUAUACAGUUCUCUUUCAUCAUUGCUGAUCCUAGCAGUAUGUAGGACGUGUGUCACAUAUGAAACUAGUAAAUUGCUUAGUAGCCUUACCAUCAGUGUCUCUGUAUCAUUAUACAGUACUCUUUCAUCAUUGCUGAUCCAAGCAGUAUGUAGGACGUGUGUCACAUAUGAAACUAGUAAAUUGCUUAGUAGCCUUACCAUCAGUGCCUCUGUAUCAUUAUACAGUUCUCUUUCAUCAUUGCUGAUCCUAGCAGUAUGUAGGACGUGUGUCACAUAUGAACCUAGUAAAUGGCUUGGUAGCCUUACCAUCAGUGUCUCCGUAUCAUUAUACAGUACUCUUUCAUCAUUGCCAUCCUAGCAGUAUGUAGGACGUGUGUCAUUUAUGAACAUAGUAAAUGGCUUAGUAGCCUUACCAUCAGUGUCUCGGUUAUUCCCUAUAUAGUACUCUUUUAUCAUUAGCAAUCUUAGCAGUAUUUAAGACGCGUGUUACGGCUGAUCCUGCAAUCAUGGUGGAUAGUGUUGAGACAAAUUUGCAUUUACAACGUCAUUUAACACACGCUACUCAAACGUUUACACUCGACUGAAACUGCACUCGGUUUUCCCCUCCUGGCUCCCUCCCCCGCCCCACCUUCAGCGAUGAAAGUGUGCUGCCGAAAUUUCUUCCGAUUUUCAUCUUCGUAUUAAAAACUGGUAGAUAGACAUGUGUGACGCGAGUGAUUUGUAAUGUUCUUUAACCCAUGUAAGUUUGUGUUAGCCUUACGUAUGCACUUUAGUAAACCUGUAAACAAAGGGAAUAAUAUUGUAUAGAUAUUAACAUGCGAACUUUGGUACUGUUGGUUGGAAUCGUGUACUGAUUUCUUUGAGGUUUAUUUCAUGUCAUAUCGGAAAGUACAGUACUACAGUUUACUGUACCUUCGUACGCUUUUAGUCAAACGUCAGUGUAGUUCACGUUAAAUGUGUUACAUGCUCUGUCAGUUAAGUGUUGAGUGUUAUGGAAAUACAGAAAUGUUAGCUGACUUCUAAGGGCACCGAUUUAGAACAAUUUUGUAAGAAACAGUAUUUUAUGCUAUGCUGUUUGUUUUACGUCCUCUCUCUUUGCUAAAUGGUGAUACAUGUGUAAGCAAGUUCCUAACCGCUUUCUUUGGCAUGUCCUGGUACGUAAUCUCUAUAUAGUAAAAGCAGCCUUUACAUAUCUUAUUCUUUUCAUAUACUUCUUUGUAUUUAUAUGAAAUUUCAUAUACUGUUCACUUUCAUACGUAUCUUCGUCUCCGAGGGGUAAUCAUCAUGCUAUAAACGUGUUACGUCACUCUUUCUUUGAAGUGAGUACAGUAGUUGUAAGUGUAGCGUUACCUUGCAUAUAAAAGCUGUGAUGGGUCCCGAACACAUAGAAAUACAGAUAGCUUUAAUUUACUGACUUUAAGGAAACUGAUUUAUAAGGAUUGUGUAACUAACAGUAUGAUGCUUGUGUAUAUUCUUAUUUGCUAAAUGGUGAUACAAGUGUUUCCAAUCAAUACUUCAAAUUCCUGAUACUUUCCUUGGUAAGUCCUGUUGUGCAAUGUCUAUAUAGUUGACGCAGCCUUUAUUUUGUUGGCACACUUCAUUGUAUAUUGACUGGUUCCACCUGAAUAAGGGAUCGUAUAACGCUUAUUUCAUUGCGACGAGAUCGACUUGUUUAACACUGCGUGUGUGCAUACACAAUGGUGAUGGUGGCCAUAAGCCACCAAGAGUCCACGCUACCAGGACACUACAUGCAUUUGGUCUAUAGCCCUGCUUCCCGGAACGCUACGGUACAAUCUUAGAAGCGCGUAGCCCCUACGCAAGCGUUUUUAGGAGAGGGAGGAAAUAGGACUUCCCAAAAAACGCCUGCCUGAAAGACUAACAGGCGAAGGCUGCUUUCGAUAAAUGAGAGGACAAUUACGAGAUCAAUAGAAACAGUUGUUGAGAGAUUGAGAGAAAUAGUUGUUGUCUAUCAGAAAAAUGCAUAAACUUUUUUUUAAAGUAUUUAUUCACAACUGCACUGACAAGCCUAACAAAACUGAUCACGGGUAGAUUUAUAUGUAGUGUUAUUUCUAUAACAAGAGUUGUAUUAUUAAAACAACAAAAACAAAGUAAAUAAAUGACGUUGAUAACUCAAGUACGUUUUAAGCAAAAGAACACCUUUUCCUUGAUUGCAUUGCCUGAUAUAAACACGAGAGGGUGUGGGAGAAUUCGAGACAGUUAUGCAAACCCGAGACAAAGUCGAGGGUUUGCAUAAGGGUCUCCCAACCCCCCGAGUGUUUAUAUCAGUCUAUGCAAAAACAGGAAAAAAAGUUUUCUAUUGCUUUUUUAAAUUAAUUUCCCCGAGAAGAAAAGCAAAGCUAAUUGUUUAAGGCUCUGAUUAAAAGAGAAAUAUUAUAUUAUUCUUAUCAGUCGCGAAUGUUGUACACGACGAUUUGUACGCGAAAUCAGUUCUUGUUUUGCAGAAAAGAUACUUUCCAAAAAACUGAUUUUUCUCGCUUAAAUUGUCAGCUUAAGCGAAAAAUUUGACAGAGCAAGUUUCUAAAGAUUUUCUAAGUUUCAGCCGACGAGGAAAUGGGUAAAGUAAACUUCUCGAGUUUUCAACUCAAGCCCCUUUUCAAAUUCGUGCUUGCAUGAUUAGUGCGCGAAAAGCAAAACACUUUGACGUCACAACUGCGUUUACAUACUCUCAUGAAAACGCUCCUCUCGGCCAAUCAGAACGCGCAAACUAACUUAGUCAUUUUAUAAUUUAUUUAUUUGUAAUCUAAAUUUGAAAUCUCAAAGUCAAACUCCUUGGUUAAAAUAUUUAUCAUAAUUUACCUGUAACCACAUAUAAGAACCUGUAUGAUCUUACUUGGCUGAACAUGUUCUUGUAUUUUUGGGUAUUAAAGUGGCAAAUUUCCUCCAGGAUUUUCUAAACCCACCAGGUUCUUAAACGCGGGUUUCACUGUAUCUGGGUAGGUGAAUAUUUAAGAGAUCUACCAAUCCUUGGGGCUUAGAUAUUCUUCCAUGUUCAUUCCCGAGGGCUGUGGUCUCGAGGGAUUUAUACGAAUUAACGAUUUAUAAUUUUAUUUAAUUGUUAUCAUCAUUAUUGUCUUUAUUUUUUUCAGUGAUAGACACAUAUGGUAAACAAAGAAGAACUGAAGAUCAACUGAGAUGGACAAAGGAACAACUGAGAGUGAAAGAUGAGCAGCUUAAAAUAAACGAGAAGCAACUGCGAGAAAAAGAUAAGCUAGUGAUGGAGAAAGAUAAGCAAGUGAGAGCGAAAGAUGAGCAACUUAAAGUAAACGAUGAGCAACUGCAAGAGAGAGAUGAGCAAUUGAGAGUGAUAGAAGAGAAACUGAGAGUGAAAGAGGAGCACCUUAAAACAAACGAGAAGCAACUGCACGAAAAAGACAAGCAAGUUGAGGAGAAAGAUGAGCUACUGAGGAUGACACAAAAGCAACUGAGAGUGGAAAAUGAGCAAAAACAGCGUUUACAAAAACAGUUGAUCACUUUAGAAGAUGAUAAAAAGAGAGAAAGCGCUCAAUUCCAAGAACAGUUAAAUGUGAAGGUGCAAGAACUGACCGACUUACGAAAAGAGUUAAGAGAUUGUGAACAAGACAACGUUGUACUCGAAAAAGAUCUUUCCACAGCUACAGAAAAAUUAACUGAAUAUGAAAGUCAGUUAAAGGCACGUGACUGGGUCCUUUGCCGAGAUGAAGUUCAGUUAAGUGAUGAACGUCUGGGGGUGGGGUCGUUUGGACGAGUUGUGAAAGGUAGAUAUUGUGGGUGUGUGGUGGCUAUAAAACAACUUCAUCUGCCAACUCUUAAUCCGCGACAGCGCCGUUUGUUUCAACGGGAAAUGGAUAUAGCCUCAAGAUGCCGUCAUCCAUGUUUGUUACAGUUCAUCGGGGCUACCGAAGACGAGAGUCCCUUGUUUGUUACUGAAAUCAUGGAGACAAGUUUACAAAACUUGCUACAAAAGCGGAAGCAAAAGAAUCAUCACCUCACCGAGACUGAUAUCAUUUUUAUAUCUUUGGAUGUUGCUCGAGCCCUAAACUACCUUCAUCAACGAAAACCUGAACCAAUUGUACAUCGUGAUGUGAGUAGCGCGAAUGUUUUGCUGUGGAAACAGAAUAAUCAGUGGAGAGGCAAACUGGGGGAUUAUGGAACUGCUAAAUUUCUUCAAGAAACUAUGACAGUUGCUCCUGGAGCUAUGAUUUACGCCGCGCCUGAAAUAGGUUGUCCUUUCAAGCAAACUGUGAAGGUAAGUCUAUUAUAUGGAAUCAGUUUGUAAAGUAAAGGUUAAUGACUUUCCUUAAAUCCAGUGUAGAUUGAGCAAUUGUCUCAAUAUGAACAACACUAAUAUCUAUUCCAACCUCUCAUGUAGUUAUUAUAGCUGUAAAGGAAUGUUGUCUUUCAUACUGCUGUCACCACUGACGCCAGACUUUUUAAUUUUAAGGAGCUAUUUCGGGAGGGUUGUGAAAAUGUACAUUUUGUUUUGCUUCCAUUAUUUUUUGCGUCCUAUUUUUCUGUGAAAUUAUUUAAUGCAGUGUUUAUUCGUUAUUUUAGUUAUCCAAGCAAAAACGAGAUAUAAUACCUUUUCAGGAUCCCGAUAUUGUAAUUUAGCAGCUUUUGCCUCUAUAACGGAUCCUUCAGGCAAAAUAAACUUCACUGUAACUGUUCGUGGUGAAGUAUUGGCUAUGGUAAAGCAUAUUUCAAGGCCAUCAACUGGCCUACAUUAGAGAGAUUUAGGGUGAAAGCAUAUGGCAAAAGCAGACGUAAGAUUCAAGUUGCGAAUUUCUCAAAAUAGAAAACAAGCAGACAAAAAUAGUCCAAAACAAUUUUUAUAGAUAAACUUAAUGUGAAACUACUAAUUUUUGUGUAGAAGAAAUGAACAACAGAAGACAAGUAAAUUGAAAGCUUGGUUACGUGUUGGUGUUACAUUUCGUGCUUUCCGUUUGCCGUAAACGUGACUAUAAGAGAUCUUAAGAUUGAGGUUUUUCGGUUGUUCCCGCUAACUGCGAACGUCGAAAUCAUGUGACUAGUACCUUGCCGUCAGGUUGGCGAUUGAGGUUGUCGUUUGUACGGCUGGACCACACUCUAGGGGAUUUACCACAAGCUUUUUUGCACCCUAACGCAUCACAAUCCCACGUUUGAGAGGUAUACUACAUUUUAGAACUCUUUUGCUCAUUAAUUAUCGAAUUCUUUUUCAUCUGAACGUAAUUUUGGAGACGAUCUCUCAGCUAAAAUUGCAGUCCAUGAAUUAAUCAAAUAAAGAAAACGAACAUUGCAGCCGCCAGCUACCACCCGCUAAUCUUAAGACAGAAAUAUGAGUAGACGGCUAACGUGAAACCGCUAACCGCGGCUUGCCCUGUUUGCGGUAAGAUAGCCAAACCUCGAUGUUAAUGUCUCUGUUGUUAGGUUCCCACCCUCAACAGAGAGAUUGGGCAUAUGAACGUUUCAUGACCUUUUGUAGCGUAAUAGGAACAGGUAGCAAGUAAAAACGAAGAUGGACUUUAAUUCAGGUAAUUUGUUUUGUUGUCUUAGAUUGAUGUUUACAGUUUUGGAAUUCUCUUCUGUGAAAUGUGCACCGGGGAACUGCCAGAACCUGAAAAGCGGGAGGAACAAGCGAGACUGGUACCUAACAAGAAGUUUGGAGAUCUGAUAUUGUGGUGUAUUGAAGAAGAUCCUGAAAUGAGACCCAGCAUGGAAGAGAUUAUUGAGAAGCUGGAGCAGUUAAAUAACAAUUCUUAA